AUGUCCUCGCAGCCUCUUCUCCAAACCGCCCCCGGCAAGCGAAUUGCCUUGCCCACUCGAGUCGAGCCCAAGGUCUUCUUCGCCAACGAGCGUACCUUCCUGUCAUGGCUCAACUUCACCGUCAUCCUCGGCGCCCUGGCCAUCGGCAUGCUUAACUUUGGCGACCGAGUGUCUUUCAUCUCUGCCUUCCUCUUCACCGGCGUGGCCAUGUUGACGAUGAUUUACGCCUUAGUUACAUAUCACUGGAGAGCAAAGUCUAUACGAGUGAGAGGGCAGGCGGGUUUCGAUGACCGAUUUGGCCCUACCUUCUUGGCCAUCAUCCUCCUGCUGGCCGUUAUUGUCAACUUCGUCUUGAGGAUUAUGGAUCAGUCAAAGAAGCAGAAGGGCAACCCUGCGUACUAA